CGAGCCUACAAGUAAACAAACAUUGUUCACAAUUAUUUCGUGGGCUUCUAAUAACCACUAUUAAGAGCUGGGCCUCAAUUUUCGCACCGGAAAAUGGCAUCAUUCAGAACUACCACAAGCUUUCUCGUCCGGGAAAUUUUCCGUCCGUCAAUACACUUACCAAAUGUUGUUCGCUUCAUCCAUAUCUCACCGGCGCCGUUUCGGGCGAAGAGCCUUGUUGUGAAUCAUCGGAUUUUAACACGUAGUCUCUCUUUUAGUCCCAUUAGGUGUGCGGCGUCGUCCAACGGUGGUGCUGAUGAUGGAAAGAAAUCUCCUGCGCGGCUUGCUCAGGUCCAACAGCUGCUUUAUGAAGCCAAGGAGCGAGCUCAAGCUGCUGGAAAUGAUCCUAUUCCUAAGAUUACUCUUGAUCAUGUGUCCGUUAACUUUGCAAGAAGUGGAGGUCCUGGAGGUCAAAAUGUCAAUAAAGUAAAUACCAAGGUGGAUAUGCGGUUCAAUGUUGAAAAUGCUUACUGGUUAAGUGACAGAGUCAGAGAGAAGAUUUUGCAAAUGGAAAAGAAUCGGAUAAAUAAGGAUGGAGAGCUUGUGAUCUCUUCAACAAAGACGAGAACUCAGAAGGGUAACAUCGAAGAUGCUUUGAGUAAAUUACAGGCUAUAAUUGAUGCUGCCUCGUAUGUACCACCACCUCCAUCUGAAGAGCAAGUGAAACGAAUAACGAAAUUAGCUGCUAUAGGGGAGCGCAAACGACUUGACAAUAAGAAGGCCCAGUCACAAAAGAAGGCUAUGCGAAGAAGCAGAGAUACUUAUGACUGAUUCCAAGAGCUCGAGAUGUCUUAGCGUAGGCACUUUGAUAUCAAAUUCUCCCAGUGCUUUGAUCAUUUUCUUCAUCCUACUUUUAAACGAUACGAAAAUGUUUUUGAGGAAUUAGUCCAGAAUCCUUUGUAGGUCCUUCAGAUGGCGCCUUCUUGAUAUGACUUAUAUACCAUAUAUGCUAAAAGAAUCUAGACGACGCUGACCAGCCUAAGCUUUAGCUGAGAGGAUUUACUGAGAGCAAAAGAUCUUUGCACUUUCUUUUCUUUAUGUUGAUAUUGGAUAGAUAAGCUCAGGUGAGUAUGCCUCUGUAGUUACAAAAGAAGAAGAAUGUAGCCACCUGCCUUUUUUAUGUACUGAGAUCUCAUGUGUCCAGGAUUUUUAUUCUAUGAAUCCGACUUGUAAGGUUUUUAGCAUUGAAUUCAUUGUAUUUCUAUUAAAUAUACUUUGUGAUGAAUAUAUUGGAUUCAGAUGAGUCGAUAUUGAAGUA